AUGGAUCCCGAGCAGCUAAAACAGAUUCUGGAACACCAGACACAGCUUUUCCAAGAUUUGCUUGGAAGAGUAACAGCGCAGCGGAAUGCGCCAGCAGCAGGUCCGGCGGCAGCGCUAGCAGCGGUUCCGCUAGGGCCGAACAUCUCCGUGCCCCAACCGUCGCCCCUGGCUUUGGAAGGCGACAUGGAACAGAACUUCGAGUUUUUUGAGAGGAGCUGGAAGGACUACUCGAAGGCCAUUGGAAUGGACAACUGGCCGACGACGACCAACGGACAAAAAGUCAGCUUCUUGAUGUCCGUUAUUGGUGAACCCGCCAGGCGGAAGUAUUUCAACUUCGAGCUUACAGAAGCUCAGACAGCCGACCCGGCGGAAGCGUUGAAAGCCAUCAGGGAAAAGGUGACAGCCCAGCGAAAUGUCAUCGUGGACCGCUUGGAUUUUUUCUCGGCGGCUCAAUUUCCGACAGAAACCAUCGACGACUAUGCUAGCAGACUCAAACUGCUGGCCAAGACGGCAAAGCUGGGCAACGUGGAAGCGGAGCUUGUCACUUACAAGGUAGUCACCGCAAACAGGUGGCCAAGUUUGCGCACCAAAAUGCUGACCAUCACCGACAUUACGUUGGCCAAAGCGGUCGACAUGUGCCGAGCCGAGGAAAUCGCGGCAAGACGGUCACACGAGCUAGCCAUCCCUGGUGGAUCGGACGUCCAUAAGAUCUCCGGACCGAAGCAGAAGAACCUGCGCUGCAAAUUUUGCGGCGCCAAUCACGAGUUCACCAAGGGUGCCUGUCCGGCUCUGGGGAAAAAGUGCCAUAAGUGUGGGCAAAAAAACCACUUCGAGAAGAUGUGUAAAGUGAAGCAUAAGCGCAGCAGCAAGUCGAAACGCGUGAAGGAGAUCAAAGAAAGUGAUUCAGAGGAAGAUUCCGGGUCGUCCCAAAGUGAUUCGUCUUCGGAUGAAAGUGAUGAACUCGAAAUUGGAAAAAUUUGGGACAACUCGGAAAGUGGUGGAAGUGUUCACGCUGACUUGGACCUUAAGUUCGCGAAAAAGUGGAAAUCAGUAAAGUGCGAGCUCGAUACAGGAGCAAAUACCAGCCUAAUCGGCGUCGAGUGCUUGGCAAAGCUCACAAGUGAAGAGAAUCCAGCUCUGCUCUCGUCGAAAUAUCGCCUGCAAAGCUUCGGCGGCAACCCUAUCAACGUCCUAGGGCAAGUGAAGAUUCCCUGUCGCCGAAAUGCCAAGCGGUACAAGCUUGUUCUGCAGGUCGUGGAAGGCGCUCACCGUCCUUUGCUGUCAGCCAAAGCGUCUCGAAUUUUGGGAUUCGUCAAGUUUUGCAAAGCUGUUUCGUUUGGGAAGCCUGAUGGAUCACCACAUAACCUUUUGAACGUGUACCGAGUCGAAGCCCAAAGGAUAGUGGAGAAGCACGGUGAAAUUUUCAACGGCCUCGGCAAGCUGGCAGGACCGAUUUCUUUGGAUGUAGACGACAGCAUUCCACCGGUGAUUCAACCGCCGCGUCGUGUGCCCAUCGCGAUGCGGGACAAGCUGAAGAAGGAGCUGGAGUCGUUGGAAGAGCAGGGAAUCAUCGUGAAGGAGACAACGCACACGGACUGGGUGAGCAACAUUGUCAUCGUUCAAAAAGGGAAUCCAGACGCGCCAUCAAUUCGAAUUUGUUUGGACCCGAUACCCCUGAACAAAGCCCUUAAACGACCAAACCUCCAGUUCGUCACACUUGACGAGAUUCUACCGGAACUUGGAAAGGCCCGAGUUUUUUCCACGGUGGACGCCAAGAAGGGGUUCUGGCACGUCGUACUCGAUGAAGCCAGCAGCAAACUGACGACCUUUUGGACGCCUUUUGGUCGUUUCCGCUGGAUCCGUUUGCCGUUCGGAAUCGCCCCUGCACCCGAAAUCUUCCAGAUGAGAUUGCAAGAAGUCAUUCAGGGGCUGAAAGGCGUUGAGUGCAUAGCGGACGAUUUGCUGGUAUACGGAGUUGGUAACACCCUGGAAGAAGCGCUAAAAGACCACAACAACUGCCUGGAACGACUCCUCACUCGUCUAGAGGAGCACAACGUAAAGCUAAAUCGAUCCAAACUUAAGCUGUGUCAAACUUCGGUCAAAUUCUACGGGCACGUAUUGACUGACGAAGGGAUCAAGCCGGACGAGAGCAAGAUUGCGACGAUCAAGAACUAUCCGACCCCUACCAACCGCAAAGAAGUCCAUCGCUUCAUAGGUAUGGUCAACUAUCUGAGUCGAUUUCUGAACAACCUCAGCGCCAGCUUGACGAAUCUCCGUAAGCUGAUCGUUGAGUCCGUUCCCUGGCAGUGGACGCAAAUCGAGGAAGAAGAGUUCCAGCGGGUGAAAUCUCUCGUGGCGGAUACCGGAACCCUACGGUAUUACAACAUGCAGCAACCGCUGACCAUAGAGUGCGAUGCAAGCUGUUUUGGUCUCGGCGUUGUGGUUUAUCAGCAGGACGGAGUUAUCGGAUACGCCUCGCGGACUCUUACCAAGACGGAGCGCAACUACGCACAAAUCGAAAAGGAACUGUUGGCGAUCCUCUUUGCGUGCGUUCGGUUCGACCAGCUGAUAGUAGGAAAUCCCAUGACAACCAUCAAGACGGAUCACAAACCUCUCAUCAGCUUGUUCCGAAAACCACUCCUGGCGGCCCCCCGCCGGCUCCAGCACAUGCUGCUCAACCUGCAGCGGUAUCGGUUGUUCAUUGUGUUCGUCUCUGGGAAGGAUAACGUCGUCGCAGACGCUCUAUCGCGAGCCCCGAUUCUCGAGGAGGAGCCAGCGGACCAGUACCAAAAACUCAACAUUUGCAGAGUUUCCGGUGAACUCGAAGAAGUUCGCCUCAGCAGCUACUUGAGCGUUUCGGAUAGUCGUCUGAAGGAAAUCGAAUCUGAAACAAAGAAGGACCAAACGAUGCAGCUGAUAGCCGACUACAUUCAGCAUGGUUGGCCGCUAUCCGCUGACCGGGUCCCGGAUGGAGCAAGGAUUUACUUCGGUUAUCGCAACGAGCUCUGUACACAGGAUGGACUAGUUUUUCGUGGAGAUCGGAUCUUGGUUCCGCACAGUCUUCGUCGCAAACUGGUCGAACGCUGCCACGUGAGCCACAACGGAGUGGAGGCGACGUUGAAGCUUGCCAGGAACAACCUUUUCUGGCCAGGGAUGAGCACACAAAUAAAGGACGUCGUGAUGCAGUGUGCUGUGUGUGCCAAGUUCGCAGCGUCUCAGCCCAAUCCUCCAAUGUUGAGCCACACCAUCCCGAUCCAUCCUUUCCAGCUGGUCUCGAUGGAUGUCUUCCUGGCGGAGUAUCGUGGUGCCAAGCGCAAAUUUCUGGUAACCGUUGACCACUACUCCGACUUCUUCGAAGUGGACAUCCUCAAGGAUUUGACUCCGGAGGCCGUCAUCGCAGCGUGCAAGACAAACUUUGCGCGCCACGGAAAGCCGCAGCGGGUGCUCAGCGACAAUGCAACGAACUUUGUCAACCAGAAGAUGUUCGAGUUUGCGCGAGAUUGGGAUUUCGAGCUUGUUACUUCGUCGCCCCAUCACCAACAAGGAAACGGAAAGUCUGAGGCGGCCGUAAAGAUCGCCAAACGGUUGCUCAAGAAGGCUGAAGAAACGGGAGCCGACUUCUGGUAUGCUCUUCUUCACUGGAGGAACAUCCCAAACAAAAUCGGGUCAAGUCCCGCGGCUCGUCUGUUUUCCCGCGCGACACGGUGUGGAAUCCCAUCUUCGACAGCCAAACUGCUCCCGCGGGUGGUUGAAGCAGUUCCUGAAGCAAUCGAAAAAAACCGGAAGACAAAUAAGCACCACUACGACAAGAGGACGAGAGAGCUUCCAGAACUCAAGACUGGCUCACCUGUAUACGUACAGCUGCAUCCUGGAACUACCAAGCUGUGGUCUGCGGGAAAAGUUUUGGACCGACUGAGCGAGCGGUCCUACCUUGUCGAUGUGGAGGGAGCCGAAUAUCGACGAAGCCUGACACACGUUAAACCGCGUAAGGAACCCAUCACGCAGCUCCAUCGGAACUCCGAUGCGAUUACACCGCCUACCCCGCAACCGUCGCAGCACAACUCCGAGGCAGCUUCACUGAUUACCGGACUCGACAACUCUACUAACUGUCAACGAGAAAAAACCGUAGUGGCACCGCCUGCUGCGAUUGAGAUUCCAUCGUCACCAUCAACAGUGGAGGUGGCGACCGGACGGACUGGAAAUUCAACGCCUGCUGCAGCAACACGUGUUCGAGAACCAGCGCAACAAUCGAAUGCCGUUACACCGAAAAUUAGACCGAAGAGAGAAACUAAAAUUCCAGCUAGGCUUAGGGAUUACGAUAUGAACUAG